AUGCUGGAGAAGAACAAGAUCGAGAGCGCUUUGGAAGAGGAGGCCUACGAAAGGGAUCGGCCGAGGGAGUACUGGGAAGUCGACGUUAAGGGUUUUGAGGGAGACGACGACAGUGAAAAGUCCGGGGACGAGCAAGGCGAUGUAUCUCAGGAGGUGCACCCUGGGGAUGAGGAUCAGGAGGGGGAAGAAGAGGAGGAACAGGAAGAUGCAGACGAAGGAGAAGCUGCUGAAACACUCGUGAAGGUGGAAGUCGAGGAUACUCAUGUUGCCGCCGUCAAACGAGAACACCCAGAAGACGAGGAUGAGGGGGAACGGAUAGAUGUAAAGAGGGAGAGAAGAAAUAGGGAGAGAUUGCGUGGUUCUGUUGAUGUGAAACAGGAGCAUAUAAUGUGA